UACAUACAAUUUAAAAUACAAGCAACAUUUUUUUAAUUUAAUACUCUAAAAUGGUCUUUUUAAAUAACAAAUCAUUCCAGAUAUAUAGUAAUUAGUACUAUAUUAUACAUAAUCAUAUAAAGCAAGGUCCAAAGUAUUGUUCAAUGUGUUAUGAUCAUAGGCUUGACAUGAUCUAAGAUUCUAAGGUAUUUUUUAAAGCCAAAAUGAAUAUAUCAACUGAAAUUGAACUGGGACUGAAACGAUUGUGCAACCCAGCACUGAUCAACGACCAAUGUUUUCAAACAUUACUACAAAAGGCUGAAAAGAUACUGGGAACAUUAUUGAGUGAUACAUCGGAACAAACAUUACACGAUGAGUCUACCAUAAGUAUAACAUCUAAACAAGAUAUUGCUAAAGAAGCAUAUGCUUCAUUAGUAGUUUUGUUUACAAUUGCUAAUAGACAUUGUUUAGAUGGAAAAUCAUUGAACCAAAACUUACAAACACUAGUUUUGGCUAAUACUGAUCGUUUAACAGAGAUCAUUAAAACCUAUGAAUCUGUUAGACCACGUCUAAUGGAAGUUUCCAAAAUGACCACUACAUCGUUGGCUAAUGUGGUCGAUGUUGAAUGCCGCCUCAACUACUAUGUACAAUCUAGUGUUUUCGAUGACGUGUCUGAAUUCUUAUACAAUGUGCGGCUGAAGACAAUAGACAAUGGCACGAUCAAAUACAUUGAUUUUGUCUGUAAUACACAGGAACUUCAAGAAUUAGUAUUUAAGUUAAAGGACGCAGUACGGCAUUUAGAAAAAAUUGCUUCAGCCAAUUAA